GCCAAGAUGGCGGCGGGGGGCGCGGCGGACGCCCAGGCGCGCUUCGGCCACUCGGUGAAGGGGCUCCUGACCGAGAAGGUGACGAGCUGCGGCACCGACGUGAUCGCCCUCACCAAGCAGGUGCUGAAGGGCUCCCGCAGCGCCGAGCUCCUGGGCCAGGCUGCCAGAAACAUGGUGAUGCAAGAAGAUGCCAUCCUGCACUCGGAAGACAGUUUAAGGAAAAUGGCCAUAAUAACCACUCAUCUACAGUACCAGCAAGAAGCAAUUCAGAAGAACGUCGAGCAGUCGUCAAACCUACAGGACCAGCUGAGUCACUUGCUGAAAUGAGGCACAGCCGAGGGCGUGAGGACAUCUCCACUGGCCCCGAGGACAGCGAAGCGUCCUGUCCCCUCCAGACGUCGGGGUUCAGACCUGUCUGUGUCUGGAUGGUGCUGGAUGUCAGCUGGGAUGUCACGUGCAGUCUGUGUUUCUGGGCACCCAGGCCCCUCUCACGUGCCUCCAUCCACGUCUUUGCUCGCCGAACUGAAGCAAACUGACCCGAAACUUUACUCCCCCCAACAAUUCCUGUGUCUGCUUACUCCCCGCGUAGCGUGAGGUGCUCAGCCCACUCCAGCACCCCUGGGCAAGAAAUGCAUAAAAUCAAACAGUGGGUUUUAAAGAGGUGCCUGCAGUGUGACACUGUCUGUAUUUAGACACAGAGGUGGCACGGAGUGCAGUUUAUUUAGGGCAUGUUAAUCAGUGGGAGCUGUAAGUGCCCGGGUGGGCGAGAGAAGUGCUUCAGUGUAGACUGAGGUGCCAGUCCCAGGCCAGAAUUCCUCAAAGUGGGAGUCUGGGCACUCACCUCUGUCACUGGUCCAGCUGGAGAUGGUUUGGCCAGCGUCCUGCUCGGAGGUUAUCUCGUUUUCCCCUCUGCCGGAGUUUGGAACGUCAUCCCCUUGCCAACCCAUCUGCGCUGCCUUCGGCCUUCAACUGCAUUCCUCUUCCCGGGCUGCUGCUCCAGCUCUUGAUGAAGCAGCCUUGGCUGUGGUAUCUGGUUGGGAAGGUGUCCAACGGCCCGGCCAGGAAGCAGGCGGGAGAGCAUCAUGGUGUGCUCCGUCCUGCGCUGCUCGGUGUCGCGACCGGGCUCCUCUUCACAUCUCAGAGAGCCACAUCAGGCCCCAGCUAUAAAUACUGUGUCUUGUUUUUGGUUAAGUCACUUAUCUGGAGCACUUGGAGCACACGGGGAGCACUUGUUUGCCCGAGUGUGCUUUUCAUCAGCUGAUAGGAGAAGGCAGGCUGAGAGUGGGCAUCAGCCUGCCACGUUCCUGUUGGGAGCACUGCUGGGGUUUGGCUCCUGUGCUGCAGAGCCUGCUGCUGGGCUGGAUUUCACCAUCCCCACCAGUGCCGCUGCCUGUUUGGGCUUCACCUGGUGGCACCACAGCUCCAGCGUGCCAUGGAGGUGCCACUGUUAGCUUCCAUGGGAGGUGGUUUUGCCUUGGGAAGGGCCCUGAUCCCCAGCUUUUGCAGAUGCGCUUUGGGAAUGAGGGUUUUCCCUGAGCUGCUGGAGAAGCUGUGACUCGCUGGGAAUAAAAACUGCCCUGAGCAUCACCAAAA